AUGAGAAUUAAGAAGAAAAAUACCAGAGGUAACGCGAGAAACUUCAUCACUAGAUCUCAAGCUGUGAGAAAAUUGCAAGUUUCUCUUGCUGAUUUCAGAAGAUUAUGUAUAUUCAAAGGUAUCUACCCUAGAGAACCAAGGAAUAAGAAGAAGGCAAAUAAGGGCUCUACUGCACCAACUACUUUUUACUAUGCCAAGGAUAUUCAAUAUCUAAUGCAUGAGCCCGUCUUGGCAAAAUUUAGAGAACACAAGACUUUUGCUAGGAAACUAACAAGGGCUUUGGGUAGGGGUGAAGUUUCUUCUGCUAAAAGGUUAGAGGAGAAUAGAGAUACUUAUACUCUAGAUCAUGUCAUCAAGGAACGUUAUCCAAGUUUUCCAGAUGCUCUAAGGGAUAUUGAUGAUGCCUUGAAUAUGCUAUUUCUCUUCUCUAACUUGCCUUCUACCAACCAAGUUUCGUCAAAGAUUAUCAGUGAUGCUCAGAAAAUCUGUAAUCAGUGGUUAGCCUAUGUUGCCAAGGAACGUCUAGUUCGUAAAGUAUUCGUAUCCAUCAAAGGUGUCUACUAUCAAGCUAAAAUUAAAGGCGAAGAGGUUAGAUGGUUAGUUCCUUUCAAAUUUCCAGAAAACAUCCCAAGUGAUGUAGACUUUAGAAUUAUGUUGACUUUCUUAGAAUUUUAUUCUACUCUAUUGCAUUUCGUCCUAUAUAAAUUAUACACCGAUAGUGGGCUGAUUUAUCCACCAAAAUUGGAUUUGGAAAAGGAUAAGAUCAUAAGUGGUUUAUCAUCGUAUAUCUUAGAAUCCAGAAAAGAAGACAGCUUGCUAAAACAUGACCCAACAGAGAUCAAGAAAGACGUACAGGUCGAAAGUUUAGACGCAUCAACGUUAAAAUCUGCCUUGAACGCUGAUGAGGCAAACACUGAAGAAACCAACAAGGAGGAACAAGAAGAAAAGGAACAAGAGCUAGAACAAGAAAAAGAACAAAAUGAUGAGACAGAACUAGAUACUUUUGAGGAUAACAACAAGAACAAGGGUGACAUCUUAGUACAACCAAGUAAGUAUGACUCUCCAGUUGCCUCUUUGUUUUCUGAUUUCGUUUUUUACGUUGGUAGAGAAGUUCCGAUUGAUAUUCUUGAAUUUUUAAUCCUAUCUUGCGGUGGAAGUGUGAUCAGUGAAUCCACUUUGGACCAAAUUGACAAUAAGGCGGAUAUUGACACAUCCAAGAUUACUCAUCAUAUUGUUGACAGACCAGUAUUAAAAAACAAGGUUGCCGGUAGAACAUAUGUUCAACCGCAAUGGAUAUUUGACUGUAUCAAUAAAGGUGAGUUGGUACCUGCCAAUAAGUAUCUUCCAGGUGAAGCUCUUCCACCUCAUUUAAGCCCAUGGGGUGACGCUAUCGGUUAUGACCCAACUGCUCCUGUAGAAGAAGGUGAAGAAAAUGAAAUUGAAAGUGAGGUUGAGGUUGAAGAAGAUGACCAAGAAGUUCUUGUUGGAGAAGAAGAUGAUGAGGAGGAGGAGGAGGAGUUACAAGCACAGAAAGAGCUAGAGUUAGAAGCACAAGGUAUCAAAUAUUCAGAGACUUCUGAAGCCGCUAAGAAUGUUACCAAGUCGAAGAAUAAGAAGAGAAAGGUUGACGAAGAAGAUGAAGAGAAAAAACUGAAGAUGAUUAUGAUGAGUAACAAACAAAAGAAACUUUACAAAAAGAUGAAGUAUUCUAAUGCUAGAAAAGAGGAACAAACUGAGAGCUUAAAAAAGAAGAAAAAGCAAAUCGCCAAACAAAAGGCUAAAUUAAGUAAACUAGAUGCCAAGAAAUAG